AUGCUCGAUAUUCUCUUCUUACUCGUAUCACUAUUUUGCGCGCUUAUUCUACUCGUUUAUAAACUCAAAAAAUCUGGAUUUUUCGACAACGUUGAAGUCACCGUAAGCAACAAACCACCGAUUUUAAAUCAGUCAAUUGUUAUCUUUUAUAAGCGUCAUGUUGGUGCGUACAAACACGCAGCGAGCGUUUUCAAAGAGGUUUCUGCGUUGACUCCAUCGAAUGCGAUCACAUUUGGGAUUUAUUACGAUGAUCCAGAGCUGGUCAAGCCGCAUCUCCUACAAUCGGCCAUUGGUGUUGUGUAUGGAGUAAAUGGAACUGAUUUAUACCCAGCCAAUUAUGCGGAACAAUUGACACGUUGGGGUUAUGAAAGAAUGACCGUACCGGCCGUUCAAAGCGCAGUUGUUGCAACACAGAGGUACGACGGAUUUUUUUCAAUGAUUGCUCUAACGCAGUUCACUUACUCAAAGAUUAAAGCAUAUAUAAAGAUGCAUAAUCUGAAUGCACCAAUUGCUGUUGAAUUUUUCGAGAAUGAUAAAAUUCAUCUGAUAUUACCACUUGAACAACAUGACGAAUUUCUCAUUCCUCAGUUAUUGAGUGUGGAAGAUUUGGAAACGCAGUUAGCUCGCCGUAAAUGGGAUAGCGAUGAGGGUGAAAGCUGUAGUGAAGAUGAUGAGAAUCGUGUUGAUGAGGAUGAUGUUUAUGAUUCACAAUGUAGUGUUGAGAAGGGCACUGAGCAUGUAGCCAGUGAUGCUCUUACAGCGAGCGAUCAUGUUAAAAGUGAAUGA